GUCCUAGUAUUCUUGAAGCGUAAACUUGCCAAAACACAUCAUGGAAGAAACUCCAGGUGAUUCUGAUGGCACCUUCUUGUAUUAUGGAUUUGGCAGUAAUCUACUGAAGGAGAGGAUUCACUUAAAAAACCCAUCCGCCGUUUUCGUUGACGUCGCAGAAUUAAAGAAUUUUAAAUUAUGUUUUGGAGGGCAAAGCAAGUGGAUGAGUGAGAGAUGGCACGGAGGCGUCGCUACCGUGGAAGAGAGGAAUGGUAGCUCCGUCUGGGGCAUAGUGUGGAGACUAGAUGAGAAGGAUCUACCAAGUUUGGAUCUACAAGAGAGCGAGGGCGUUAUUUAUAGACGAAUGAAAGUAGGCGUGGCAUCCCAAGAUGGCACCUGUCAUUCAUGCUGGACCUACAGCAUGAUGGAUUUCCAUGAACACACCCCUUCGCCACAAUACCUGAAUGUGAUCAGGAAAGGGGCGGAACAGAACUCACUACCUCCGCACUACGUCACAUGGCUUCGAUCGAUCGAGGAUAACGGAUACAGCGGCCAGGUGGAGAUUAUGAAUAUGAUCGAUUCCAAGAGUGAUGAUGAUACAUUCCUCUACUUUGGUUAUGGUAGCAACAUGUUGAAAGCCAGACUUCAUGUCCACAAUCCAACUGCACAGCUUGUCGGUCCAGCUAAACUUGAGGGGUAUAAACUGUGUUUCCGUGGCUUUCCAGAUUGGUUACCGUAUUGGAAAGGCGCCCCUGCUAGCAUUGAUACAGCUCCUGAUCAUCACACAUGGGGCGCAUUAUGGAGGAUAGAUCGAUCAGACCUUGAACACCUAGACAGUCAAGAAAGCUCAUACCGCGCCAUAGAUGUUACUGUGACAACACCAGAGGGCAGCAGUCAUAUAUGUCGCACUUAUCAACUUGGUGAAAAUGUGGAGGAGAUGCUUCCGUCCCCACAUUAUAUGAAGGUGUUGAUAGAGGGCGCCAAACAAUCUGGACUUCCAGCCUCAUUCGUCAAACAUCUUGAAGCGAUCCCUCACAACGGAGACUCUAACCCUCCCCCUAUUAUGGACACUCUCUUCAAAGCAACACCAACUCAAGCAUGUAAAGACGGGGAAUCGUUUCUAUAUUUUGGCUUUGCCAGCAACUUACUGAAGGCUCGCCUGCACAUUGCUACCCCUACAGGCGAGCUUGUUGGUCCAGCUAAAAUAGAGGGCUACAGGCUUUGUUUUCAAGUCUACCCGGGUUGGAGCAUAGAAGAAAGUUUAUGGCACGGUGCCCCAGCCUCCAUCCUAGAGAGCCCUGGGGAUCACGUGUGGGGAGCUGUAUGGCGUCUCAAGAAUUCAGACCUGGCUAACCUGGACCCACCAGAAUCUAGCUACCGAGCUUUUGACGUGACGGUGACGUCACCGGAUGGUAAGGAAUAUCUAUGUCGCACCUAUCAGAUGAUCAAUGGCCUGCAGGAAGAACUUCCAUCACCACACUACAUGAAGGUCAUCUCAGAGGGCGCUGUAGAGUCUGGCCUUCCAGAGACCUACGUGAAGUUCUUGAAAUCGAUCAAACACAACGGACACAUUAAUCCACCAGCUAUCAUGAGUCAAUUAUUCAAAUAUUUUUUCUUCUUCUGGACCUCAACGAGUGAUGGUUAUAAAAGUGUUAGAGCAGCAGAUGAUAAGUUCUUCUAUUUCUGCUAUGCCAGUAAUCUACUGAAGUCAAGGUUCCAUCUUUAUGUCCCGUCGGCUGAGUUUGUAAGCCCGGCAAAACUUGAGGGCUAUAAAUUGAACUUCCGUAGCUACCCUGGAUGGUCUCUAGAGACGAGCCAAUGGAGAGGAUCUUUGUGUUCUAUAGAACAGGACAGACAGGCUCAUGUAUGGGGAGUUAUAUGGAGAUUGGACAAAUCAGACGUUGAGGGACUUUACCCGACCCUCUACCGAUACUCUUCUCCAGAGGUCACCGUGACGACCCCCGAGGGCCAGGCCUACUCAUGCCACACCUACCACAUGGCACCUGACUUAGAGGGUGCUAAUGAGGAGCCUCCGUCACCCCACUACAUGAAGGUCAUGAUAGAGGGCGCUGUAGAAUCACAGCUGCCUGCGUCUUAUGUCGACUACCUGAAAACCAUCAAGGACAAUGGCGAUACUACCCCUCCACCCGUCAUGGACCAGAUAUAUAAGAAAUAGGGCGUGGUCACGAUCUUCACGUAAGAUUACCCCGAACACGCCAUAGUAUAUAUCACGUCGUCUGCUCAGAGCCAGAAAGGCAUUAACUCAUAUCACUUAACACAGAGUGAACGCCCUUCUGGCUCUCAACAGACGAUGUAUUCUUGUGUGACAAGAGCUUUUUUAGGUAGAACAACAGAUGUGGUACAUGAGAGAAUUACUUGGAAGUCCUUAGUUUAUGAAGUUGCAUAAAUAGAGUCAGAAAACAAAUGAAAAGUAAGGGUUCAUAUCUUUAUCUUAAAACAAUUUUUAUUAAAUAAAAUGUAAGAUAUAUUUGUACAAUAUAUACAUACAAUAACAAUAUACGGUACUGCUUUUCACAAAAUUCACAUUUGCUUGGACGGUUUCAUGUAAUGAUACUGCUUUUCAGGAAAGCACCUUACGAGUCUGAAAGUUUGGACGGUAUUUCUGGAAUUGUAUGUAUAAUUGAAGGUGGAGCAAAGGGAAAACAUAUUGGAUACAUACUUCAUAAUUUUUAAAUAUACAAAAUAUAUAUGUG